CACAAACGAAUUAGGGCAAAGAAUUCUCCACUGAUCGAAGUCCCAAAAUCCCUAAUUCUCAUCUUCACAAGCGUUGAAUGCGAAUCCUGCAUUAUUGGGGGCUAAGAUUGUUGGUGAUUAAUAAGGAGUAUUCAUAUUUCUUCGGCAGAGGAAAGGUUUCAUUCAUCUUGCUUCUGCAACUUAUCAACAAUUAGGAAGAGAUUUUCAGGAAAAAGUUGACACUCCCUGGAGCGAUGGAUCCUGGCCGCUAUGGUCUUCAUCAAGGAUGGGAAAAUAACAGCGCUCUGGAGGGAUAUGGUGCCGUUCAUGAUUCAAACUACCGGGAUGGUGGAUCUUACGAUGAUAGGAGGUUUAUAGAUGAAAGGUUCCCAAGGGAAAAUGUCUACCCUAGGGGUGCCUUUCAUCGAGACGUAUUGGAGAGGGAUAACUAUCCUCCACAGCCAUCAUCAGUUGGUAUGUGGCCUCAAACAAGGCGGAGAAACUAUGAAGAAGAAUAUUCUUUUGAGAGGGAUUAUAGACGGCAUGAGAAGCCGCCUGCUAGAUAUGGAGGGCGUGAUCGAGAGGAUUAUGGAUAUGAUGAUUAUGAUUAUAGAUCCCGUGCCCCACAUCAAAGUAGGGAGGACAGCCGUGAAAGGGAUUAUGACUAUGGAAGACAGAGUUAUGAUUCAGACUACGACAGAAGCAGUAGGAGAGAUGGUAACUGGAGAAAGCGUGAAUCUCGGGACCGUGAAUGGGACAAGAGAGGCCUUAGUCGGGAGAAGGACGAGAGCCCAUAUAGGAGACAUGAGCAUUCUCCUUCACGGUCUCGCUCUCGUUCUCAUGGCCGUGAUGAUCGGGCAAGGUCAAGGUCUCCUCGAAGCCGGAGUCAUGGUCGAAGUCAUAGGGAAGACAGUUAUGAUGACAGCCGCUAUGACAGAAGUGAUAGGCGAAGAGAACGUGAUGAUAGACGUCAGCAUGACCAUUAUUCUGUUGCUCCAUCUGCUACAGUUGUGGUAAAGGGCCUUUCUCAAAAGACAAGCGAAGAAGAUUUGUAUCGGAUCCUUGCUGAAUGGGGGCCCCUUCGUCAUGUCCGUGUAAUUAAAGAGCGAAAUUCUGGCAUCUCACGCGGAUUUGCUUUUAUUGACUUCCCCUCUGUGGAUUCAGCACAAGCAAUGAUGGAUAAGCUUGGGCAUGAAGGUCUUCUUGUAGAUGGUAGGAAGCUCUUCUUCGAGUACAGUAGUAAGCCAACUGGUGGAGCAAAUGGAUCUAUUGGAAUGGAUAGUGCAUCAAGAUCAGGCCAUGGUAGUCAUAGAAGUAUUAUGGUGCCAUCUGAUUGGAUGUGCACCAUAUGCGGCUGUGUCAAUUUUGCACGGAGAACAUCCUGUUUUCAGUGUAAUGAGCCGAGAACAGAAGAUGCUCCCCCAGCUGAUAUGGCAUCAUCAAAUCCCACCCCUAGUGGCAAAAGAGGAGAAGCAGGUCCUACCCAUGUUCUUGUCGUUCGUGGAUUGGAUGAAAAUGCUGAUGAGGAGAUGCUCCGUUAUGAAUUUUCUAAGCAUGCUCCCAUUAAGGAUCUGCGACUUGUUAGAGACAAAUUCACACAUGUCUCUAGAGGAUUUGCAUUUGUUCAUUUCUAUUCAGUUGAGGAUGCUACUAAAGCACUUGAGGCAACAAAUGGUACUAAUUUGGAGAAAAAUGGUCAGAUUCUUCGAGUUGCGUAUGCCAAAAGUAUUGUCGGACCUGGAUCAGCAGCUUCUGGAGCUUCUCAGUCGAGCAGUCUGGCUGCUGCUGCAAUAGAAGCGGCAACAUUUGCUCAGCAGUAUGAUGCAGUCGGUUGGGCACCAAAAGAGUACAAUCCAGAGGAUAAACAAUCAGGUGCCGUCCAAGAGCACAGUGGACAAGUUGCAGGUCAAACCGAUCCUUCUGCUCCGCAAUCUGGUUUUGUAUGGGACGAAGCCUCUGGCUAUUACUAUGAUGCCGCUUCUGGGUUCUACUAUGACGGAAAUACAGGUUUAUAUUAUGAUGGCAAUAAUGGUCUCUGGUAUUCUUUUGAUCAACAAACCCAGCAGUAUAUUCCUUGCACUGAUCAGAAUGACAGGACAGCUGAAAAACAAAAUGAAAUUUCUAAGCCAUCGGAUGGUUCCAACAGUAGAAAAGUUGUUAUUUCUGCACCUGCUGCAACAGUGACAUCAAAUGAGAAAGCUGCUUCUUUACCAGACGCCGUCCAGGCUGCUGCUGCUGCCGCAAUAGCUGCUGAGAAGAAAGAGAAGGAAAAAUUGAAAGAAACAAGACUGGCAUCCAAAAGUAGCAUCCUGGCUAACAAGAAAAAGAUGAAUAAUGUCUUAACCAUGUGGAAGCAAAGAAGUCAUGAAGGACAAGCACCACGCGUCUCUCUUGAUGACAACCAGCUUUCCGCUUCAUUGGAAGAGAGAUCCAUCCCGUCAUCUAUGAAGAGCAAGUUCAAAAAUGAAGGGCUGACAACAAAAGAGACAGGAUCUUCUUCACUGACAUACACAGAAGCUUCCACAACAGCGAUGCCAUUCAGAACGGAUGCAUCUGCUUUAGGUUCCUACAUACCACCUGUUACUGCUGGAACUGGUAAGAGAAGGUUCUCUGAGAUGCCAUCCACUUCCGUUGCAAAUAAAGAACAGUCCCAAACUACCUACAGAGAUCGUGCGGCUGAGCGGAGAAGUUUGUAUGGUUCAUCAUCUGCUUUUGGGGAUGACUUAUCAAAUGCAGGAAUUGGAGAUCCAAAUCGAGAUCCAACACUUAGAAGGGGUGUUUUGGAUUCCAUGCCUUUCCCUCCUGGUGUUGGUGGUGGACGAAGUACUGGAGAUGCAAAUAGUCAGAGUUAUGAGGUGAUCACAGCAGACAGGGCUAUUGAUGAGAGCAAUGUUGGCAACCGGAUGCUUCGCAACAUGGGCUGGCAUGAAGGCUCGGGCCUGGGGAAAGAUGGGAGUGGUAUGGUAGAGCCCGUCCAGGCGCAGGCCAUAGAAACUAGAGCCGGACUAGGGAGCCAUCAGCCAAAGAAAGUGGAUCCAAGCCUGGAGGUGCAGGCUGGAGAUAGCUACAAAGCUGUUAUUCAGAAGAAGGCCAUAGCUCGCUUUCGAGAAAUGUCAUGAGUUGAGUCGAUGAGGAGAUGGCAGAAGAGAACAUUAAGAGAUUUGUAAGAGUGUUUUGGGUUAUAGCGGUGCCAUUUCAUGUUGUCGUAUAUUCCCCUCGAGUUGCACUUUGUAGCACGACAUGAAAUCCAAUGAAAUGUAAAUCAUUAGAUUGCCUCUC